GUUUUACAGAGAAUAGUGUUAGGUUCGUCAUCUCUACCAGUGUUGUGCAUUUAGGCUGUGGAAUCAGUUGCUGUAUUAGGUACCCAAGGCGAAAAUAAUUUCAUCAAUUAGUAAUACCGCGGGAAGGCGGCAACGCAGGAAUGUUCUAGUGAAAAUACCCAAAUGGCGCACAACUCUUCGAUCAAGUUUGAUAGUUUGAUGAGACAGUUUGUCCAGCUGGCAAAGGAGACGAAGUGUUGAUGAAAGCUUCCGGUGUUCGUUUUGUUUUAAGUUAAUGCGGUGAAACAUGAGUCCGGGGGGAAAUAUUCUCUUCAGACGCCGAAGGGCGGAGCGAGCGAGCGAGCGCGCGCACACGAGGCGCAACUGACUGCAGGCUGAGGGCUGAUCUGAGGGCUGAGAUCUUAUCAGUGUUUGAUCUAGGAACUCGCACCCGCAGACAAAAAAAACACAAGAAAGGUUCGAGUGAAAUAAUAAACAAAGUUGCCUUUCAGGGAUAAACAUCUCUCCGUCAGAGGCUGAUGCCGUCCCUGCUCUGGGGGAGCCGGAGGUGCAUCCAGGUCCGUCUCGCGGUCACUCCCAACAGAGGUCUGACUCCAGGGCCUGGGAUGCCCCUGCUGAAAGGCCUUCCCUGGAGGUAGAGAGUGCCUCUCUGCUGCUCUGUGUCCUGUGCCCGCUGCACUCCGCACUCCGCUCACUGUGCCCAUCCUGUGCUCGCUGCUCAAUCUGCUCACCGUGCCCCUUCCCUGGGUGGCCAUGCCUGGGGGGGUGCUGCUGUGGCUGGUCGGUGUGGUCUGUCUGCAGACUCUCGGGGUGUCGGCACUGGACUCGUGCCCGUCUGCGGCCCCCAGCCCCAUCGACUUCUCCGUGCCCUACCCCAUGCCCUUCUACCGCGCCCAGGGCCCCAUCCAGAACAUCGUGCCCAACCUGCAGUUCGAGGAGGUGUACGUGGCGUCCCAGAACCUGAUCGUGGCGGUGAACCGCAGCCUGGCGCCACUCUGGGCGCUGCGCACGGGGCCGGUGGGCGGGGCCGAGUGCCAGGUGUGUGACCUGUGUGCGCUGGCUGACCCCGCCCUCCCCGAGAACACGGACAACCAGGUGCUGCUGCUGGACUCCUUCCUGAUGUACCUGUACUCCUGCGGCAGCUCCCAGUACGGCGUCUGCUACUUCCACCAGCUGCACGGCGGCGGCCGCCCCCCCCAGCCCUCGCGCUGCCUGUUCCGCCGGGAGGCCAACUCCCCGGCCUUCUGCCCCGACUGCAUCGCCAGCCCGCUGGGCACGCGCGUGGCCAUGGUGGAGGAGGGCCAGACCGUCUACUUCUUCGUGGCGGCGACGGUGAACGACAGCGUGACGCAGCGCUACGGCAGGAAGUCCCUCUCGGUGCGCCGGCCGCUGUCCACGGAGGACGGCUUCCACGCGGACGUGCGCGGCCUGACGGUGCUGCCGGAGCUGCGUCAGAGCUACUCCGUCAGCUACAUGUACAGCUUCCACACGCAGGAGUUUGUGUACUUCGUGUCGGUGCAGCGCGAGAGCCCCGAGAUGGAGACCUCGCCGUUCCAGACGCGCCUCGGACGCCUGCCGCGCCACGAGUGGGAGACGCGGCGCUACCGCGAGGUGGUGCUGGAGUGCCGCUUCGAGCCCAAGAGGAGGAGGAGGAGGAGGGGGAGGAGCGGGGAGGUGUUCAAGGACGUGGUGUAUAACGUGGUGCAGGCGGCACACUUCGGCAAGGCGGGCCGGGAGCUGGCGGAGGAGCUGGGCACGGAGGAGAAAGACGACAUCCUGUACGGCGUGUUCGCGGUGACGGACGACAGCGGCGUGCCCGACCAGGACUCGGCCCUCUGCGCCUUCCCCAUGGACUCCGUCAACAAGGCCAUCGAGGACGGUGUGGAGCUCUGCUGCAAGUCAGGACCGGAGCAGCUCUCCAGGGGCCUCUGCCACUACCAGCCCUGCGAGAGCUGUCCUCACGAGAGCACAGAGAACAACGCCACCUGUAAGGAUCAGCCCACUAUGGUGGCCAAGCCCUACUACAGGGUGGACCUGUUCAACCGAGAGAUGACCAACACCCUGCUCACCUCCCUGCUCGUCACCACGAUCGAGAACAAGACCGUGGCCCACAUCGGCACGUCAGACGGACGUCUCCUACAGCUGGUUCUGAGGAGGUCCAGUCCUGUCAUCUUUGCCAACUACUCGCUGGUGGAGAACCAACCGGUGUCCUCUACGGCGGCGGUGUACUCUGACCAAUCACUGCUCUUUGUUGUGGGAGACAAGAUGGUGCAGGUGCCUCAGCGCGGGCCUGGCUGUGGGCACUUCCUGACGUGUGCCAUGUGCCUGAUGGCUCCCAGCUUCAUGGGCUGCGGCUGGUGCUCAGGGCGCUGCUCGUGGGAGAUGGAGUGCCACGCCCGCUGGAGGAACGAGUCCUGCCCGCCUGGCAUCACUGAGUUUUUCCCUAAGACAGCGCCCCCUGAUGGCCAGACUGAACUGACGCUGUGUGGGUGGGGCUUCCAGUCGCCCUCCCGCCCUGCCAUCAGUGCCAGAACACACGAGGUUCGUCUGGGGGAGACGCCGUGCCACGUGCAGCCCAAAGAGAGCAACAGCACACGCCUGGUGUGUAAGAUCCGGUCUGGCCUAACAGAGCUCUUCAGGCCGGUAACCGUGACAGUUCGGGUGGACGAGGAGAAGGCAGAGGGAAGCUACUUCAUCAACGGCACCACAGAGAUGCCUGGAUUCACCUUCGUGACCCCUGACAUCACAGCGGUCCAUCCUGACUACGGGCCAGUGGACGGGGGGACACGCAUCACCGUGACCGGCCCUCACCUGGACGCCGGCAAGACCAGAAGGGUCACUUUGGAUGGAGAGGCCUGCCCAGUGGAGAGUGUUUUUGCAGUUGGAGAGAACGUGUCGUCGAUUGUGUGUGUUUCUCAGCCGGUCAGCGAGGUGAAGGACGUGGUUCUGCGUGUGUACAUCGAUAAGUCACACGUCCAGACUACCAAGAUCUUUCGCUACAAGGAGACUCCCCACAUCACUGAUGUCCGUCCUGACUGCAGCUUUGAUCGUGGAUCCAGAAUCACUAUUGAAGGAAGGAAUCUGGACUCAGUGUACCGCACCAUCAUCCACUUCAAGCCCAACGAGAUUCACUUGAAGCCCGUUUCCAUAGAGUGUCUAGGCAAGGCGCGGCCGUCCCAGAUGGAGUGUACCACGCCGGCGUUCCCGCGCGAUGAGUCGGAGCGGGGCGAGCUGUCCUUCGACAUGGACGGGGCCCGCGACCUCUGGAGGGGCGAGUUCUACUACCACCCCUACGGAAGCCCCAUCCCGUUCGAGACGGAGGGGCACAUCCUGCGCCUCUACCCCGGCUUUGACGAGGUCUCCCUGCACCACCAAAAGCUCAACCAGGUGAAUUCCUGCAUGACUAUCACCAUGACGGUCGGGGGAGUCGAUUGUGGUGCCAAAGUUCUGGACAACGAGAUCACCUGCCGCAUCCCAAAGAACCUGACUAUUCCCAGUGAAGGCCUGCCUGUGAAGGUGUUCAUCAAUGGUCAGGAGCAGGACGUGGGCACGGUCAUCCUGAUCUCUAACCACUACAUGGUGGGCAUCGGCCUGGGCAUUGUUGCCGCGCUGGUUGCCGGGGCGGUGCUGGCUUUCGCCGUCAUGAAGCACCUAAGGAAAAAGAAGAAAGAGGGUGUAGUGGAGAGCCGCCUGACCCAACCGUCCCACAACCACAAUCGGCACAGCAGUGUGGACCUGACCCCCGUGGGAGACUACAGACGAGUGGUUCCCCUGUCGUCCUCCCCCGGUUCUGUGCAGGCCCGAGGGUUCCGCGGGCUGGCGUACGCGGGGAGCCUGGACCCGGCGCGGACCCCCCUCAUGCCCUCGGAGAAGAUCCGCGCGUCCAGCCUGAGGCCUGAGCUCCUGGAGGAGGUGAAGAACGUCCUCAUCCCCGCCAGGAUGCUCAACGUGCACCGGGACCAAGUCAUCGGCAAGGGCCACUUUGGGACUGUGUAUCACGGUUACCUGACGGACCAGAGCAGCCGUGAGAUCCACUGUGCUGUCAAGUCCCUCAACAGGAUCACUGACGUAGAGGAGGUGGAGCAGUUCCUGAAGGAGGGCAUCAUCAUGAAGGCGCUGCACCACCCGAAUGUCCUCUCUCUGCUGGGCAUCCUGCUGCCGACGGAGGGCCUUCCUCUGGUGGUGCUGCCCUACAUGAAGCACGGAGACCUCCGUCACUUCAUCCGCUGUGAGAAGAGGAGUCCCACUGUGAAGGACCUGAUUGGCUUCGGUCUGCAGGUUGCCAUGGGGAUGGAGUAUCUGGCACAGAAGAAGUUUGUUCACCGAGACCUGGCAGCAAGGAACUGCAUGUUGGAUGAGUCGUACACGGUGAAGGUGGCAGACUUUGGCAUGGCGCGGGACGUCUUUGAUAAGGAGUACUACAGCGUGCAGGACCACAGGAAGGCCAAGCUGCCGGUCAAGUGGAUGGCCAUCGAGAGCCUCCAGACGCAGAAGUUCACCUCAAAGUCCGAUGUGUGGUCCUUCGGUGUGCUGCUGUGGGAGAUGUUGACCCGGGGAGCGAGCCCCUACCCUGAAGUUGACCCCUAUGACAUCACACACUACCUGCUGAAGGGACGAAGACUUCCUCAACCACAAUACUGCCCCGGGCCACUGUACGCCAUCAUGCUGCAGUGCUGGGACCCGGAGGCGGAGCGGCGGCCCAGUUUCUGCUCGCUGAUGUCUGAGGUGACGGCCAUCCUGUCCAGCCUGGAGGGGGAGCACUACAUCAGCCUCAACGUUACCUACGUCAACCUGGACCAGCCGCGCCCCUACCCCGCCCUCACCGACUCCGCCGACGAACACGACGACACCUCAGCGGACGAGUCCACAUAACUGCCGGUCACCUAGCAACCUGGACCAGCCACGCCCUUACCCCGCCCUCAUCGACUCCGCCGACGAACACGACACCUCAGCGGACGAGUCCACAUAACCGCCGGUCACCUAGCAACCUGGACCAGCCACGCCCUUACCCCGCCCUCAUCGACUCCGCCGACGAACACGACACCUCAGCGGACGAGUCCACAUAACCGCCGGUCACCUAGCAACCUGGACCAGCCACGCCCCUACCCCGCCCUCACCGACUCCGCCGACGAGCACGACACCUCAGCGGACGAGUCCACAUAACCGCCGGUCACCUAGCAACCUGGACCAGCCACGCCCCUACCCCGCCCUCACCGACUCCACCGACGAACACGACACCUCAGCGGACGAGUCCACAUAACCGCCGGUCACCUAGCAACCUGGACCAGCCACGCCCCUACCCCGCCCUCACCGACUCCGCCGACGAACACGACACCUCAGCGGACGAGUCCACAUAACCGCCGGUCACCUAGCAACCUGGACCAGCCACGCCCCUACCCCGCCCUCACCGACUCCGCCGACGAACACGACACCUCAGCGGACGAGUCCACAUAACCGCCGGUCACCUAGCAACCUGGACCAGCCACGCCCCUACCCCGCCCUCACCGACUCCGCUGACGAGUCCACAUAACCACCCGCCACUCAACCCGUCUCCUAGCAACAAAGGGUCACAGGUCAAGCCAGCGUGAAAGUGACUAUUUAGGAAAUGAGACCCAAGGGGCUGUGAUGAGGAGACACUGCUGCCCCCUGUAGGGCACGCAGGUCCACUACACACCCUCUGCACAGCCAUUUGUGAUGUGUGUAAACUGUGAAACGGUCUUUCAGUAGCUCUCAGGGGGCAGUUUGUGUGUGUGUGUGUGUGUGUGAGUGUGUGUGUGUGUGUGUGUGUGAGUGUGUGUGUGUG